GGCAACGCAAGAGUUUCUCAAUGAGGAGAAGAUCGGCUCGAUUAUCCUCUCUAGAAGUUUCGGAUUCUCUCGAUUUGACUGAGAAUGAGAGUUUUAGUACUCGGUUUUCUUUCCCGUCAUUUCUUAAGCAAGUGGAGAGGCUAACAGAUGAUCAAAGGACUGCAAUAGAAAAAACGGGUUUCGGGAAUCUGCUGCGGAUGCCCAACCAGACACUCAACAAAAAUUUACUAGCUGAGUUGAUGAGGAGAUGGAGCACUGUUAAACAUGCCUUUAUACUUCCCCCUGGUGAAAUACGGAUAAAUGUGAUGGAUGUUGCCUUAAUUUUGGGUUUGCGCGUUGUUGGUGCUCCUGUCAUACUUGAUGGUGACCGGCCAUUUAUACAUCUGGAAAGGGAAUAUGGUGCGGAAACGUGGAAUCGAAAAAUCACAGUUGCAUCUCUAAAGAGUAGACUAAACUCUUUGGGUGAGAUUUGCAACGAUGACUUUGUAAGAACGUUUUUGCUGUAUGCAUUUGGCACUUUUCUUUUCCCAAAUGCAAACGGAAAAGUGGAUUCCUGCUUUCUUUAUUUUAUGAAAGAUACAGAUGGUAUCUGUGAGUUUGCCUGGGGUGCGGCUGUUCUUGAAGAUGUUUUGAUGUGGUUAGAUAGGAGAAAAGAGAUGACUGUACAAUAUGUUGGAAGUUGUCUUGCAUUUCUCCAAAUAUGGUCUUUUGAGCAUAUUGAUGUAGCUCGGCCUCCAUUGUUAGAUAGUUGUGAAGCAUUUCCUCGUAUCUGCCAUUGGGAUAAAUCUAACUCCCACAAUAGACAACAGCUAGGUGCAAAAUUUAAGGAUCUAGUGGAUAAUCAGGUGACCUGGGAGCUUCAAUCAACUUCCUUGGAGUCAGAAAUUGAUAUAAUUAAAGAAUUAUUGGAGGUACAGAAUAACUUGGAGGAGAAUUCUGAAGCAGAAAACUCUUCUGUGGACUUGCCAGUUAUUACAGGAAUUAACUUUGGAAGGAGUCUGAAGAUGAUGGACAAACAAGUAAUUGAAGUGGAAACUCACUUGGAAACAAGUUCUACCAAUGAAGUACCAAAUGAUCGACAAGGAAAUUUGGAUAAUCAGACACAGAAGGUUCCUGUCAUAACAGAGAGCAUUAACUUUGAAACUAGACUUAAUAUGAUGGAUAAACAAGUUAUUGAAGUGGAAACCGAGUCUGAAACAAGCUCAAUCAAUGAAGGACAAAACAAUCGACUGGCAAAUUUGGAUACUCUGACACAGAAUGUUCCUGAAGUCAUAACAGACACAAUAGAAUGCCCGUCUACGCCAUGUUGCAUGUCAAAGAUACAAGAGCGGCCAAAUCUAGUAGCCCCAUCAGAACGUGGUAGCACAAUCAUUGUUACUGAGGAUGAUUUGAGAACCAGAGUUCAGAGACCAGAAGAGAAAGUCAUGGAAUUGGAGAGGGAGGUAGACAAGCUUAGAGGGGAAAACGGAUUGUUAAGAAACCAGCUGUUGUCACGUUCUCACUUAGAAGAGAAGAAUGCACAGUUGAGGAGAGAAAUAGAUGACUUGAGAAGAGAAAACCUCCGUUUAAGCUCGUCAUCAAAUGAUUUUGCGGUUCGACUAGAGAAAAUUUUCUUGGGUGAGGAUAUUAAUGUCAAUGAAGAAUCACAUCCAACACAAGAUUAGGUGCUGGGAACUGUCAAUGCUUCAGUGGAUAAAUUUUAAUCGAACUCAUUAGGCAGUCAAGAACGUCCUGCUUCCCUCUUUUAUUAGGAGGACAAACCUUGUGAGUUGAAGGACGACAUAAAACGCCGACACCAUUAAUCUGA